AUGCCGUUUACAUUCGAUGUGGAAAAAGGUCAAAACGGCGAAGCGUACCAUGCGCUCAUCUGCUCCCUUUUAACUGGCAAUGCUGGCCAGAUAAUACGUAUCAACAUUGGCAAGGCCUUGCAGCCGGCUACCGUGGAGCAGCAGGAUCUCCUUUACUAUUAUGUUUCGCAAAAGGCUAUCGUUGAUACCCCAAGAGGAGGCGAUUCAAGGGACAAUGCAACCAAGUGUAUAGCCCGUGUUUUUGAGCAAAACGCCGAAACGCAAGCCCAAAUCUUCCAAUCUCUAAGAGAUUACCUCAACGAUUCGCAGCUUCAAAAUGCACCAGCCGAUGAAAACCCAACUGGGGGGUAUCCCUACGCUUCCCAGGCAUACGCAGCAAAAUAUUGGAUCAAUCGAUAUCUUUCUCUGACAAAACAAGGGAAGCUACCCAAGCUUGCAGGUGUGGGAAAGAUAGCUCUCAUAUUGGUCCGCCGGACCCAUAAGGCCGGAGACGGCCGUUCAAUGACAGAUGGAAAUAUUAAAAGUUGUCUGAAAUCAAUACGCGCAGCGAACCAGGCCAUGGCUGUCAAUGGCUAUGAAGUUUUCAGCCAUGUCAUAUUUUACGGUGAUUUUGAUCGAAAUAAAGCCUCAAGUCUCGUUGGGUGGGCAGGCGAUUCCGAUCUCAAAGCUCUCUAUAUCACCUCGCCCUUCAUGGAGCUCAAUUCGAAAAACGACAUCGAUCAGCAGAUCCAUGCCUUUUGGGCCAAUUUCAAAGGGUCCCCAAAUUCCUCAUUUCAAUACAUUCCUGAGGGGGUGCCGCUCGAGGUUAAGUUGUUCGGAUUCUUCCUUGCAUUCCAAGCGCGAUACGGGUCAAAACUAUGUUAUAUUGGCUUCCGGUCUGGCACACUCGAUGGACCUGGGUUUAUCGGAAGCCCGAUCUUCUACCUCGAUGAUACGCUCACUAAGGGUUCAUGGGGCGAUUUCGCCAGUGGUAAUUACCUCUGGGACGGCACUGACCGGACGCUGCAAAAGCCCGAACGUAUGAUGUUUAUGACACGAACGACAAAUACAUUUGUCCGCAUCAACAUCAAGAGCAAUAAUAAAAACCCCAUUGAGCUUGACGGAGACGCGAUGAAGCACUUAGGCAGUGCGUUAUAUCUUUACAUGGCAUCCGCACCAAACAAUGAUCCGUCUUGGACACGGCGGAUUACUUUGAUGAACAAUCCAAAUGCUCAACAAAAUGAGCUGCAGCAAAUGUUUACUCAUUUCCAAGACACGUGGAAAGCAGUCAAAUAA